AUGCCUCAUACAUCACGUCCUAAAUGUGUUGAUUGUGAACGAGGCCUCGAUUCAAAUCAACUUCGUGAAGUUGGUGCUGGACUUUUGCGCUUGUUUUUGGCUGUAAGAUUAUCGAAGCAUAUUCGUUGUGAUGAUAUGAUUUGUCAGAAAUGUCGUUCACAGUUUCUUAAGUGGCAACAAAAAAUGGAAGGUGAUUUUGACAACUACGAUAAUGUAGCUGAGUUUGAUAUGAUAUCUAUGAAUAAUGAUGAUGAUAGUGUGAUGAGUGUUGGUAUUGGUAAUGUUGCUACAAUCUAUUCAAAUGCAAAUAUUGAUAUUCAACCUAAUAGUAUUAGUAUUCCAAUUUUUCGAUGUUCCAAAUCGCACCAGUCUUGCGUGUUUUGUGAUGAAAAAGAUUCUUGUUCAGCAAAAGUUUUAUCACGUAUACAAAGAACAAUCAUUUUUUUAAAAUGUGGCAUAUUUGUUGCACCAGGGUCUCGAUGUUGUACAAGUCAUUUGUGUGAAGAUGAAUUAACUAUUAAAUCAUUUGAUCAUAUUCAUGUAUCGAAACCUGAUCGAUGGAAAAUUGGUUCAGAUGAAUUUCAAAUAUUUGUCGAAGAUAUUCGUAUUGUAUUAUUUAAACAAAAAAAAUUUGAUUUCGAUGAUCCAUCUUGCUUCAGUGACGAAGGUUAUCAGGCUAUUGUUGGAUUAAGUAAAGAACAAUUUAACCAUUUGGUUAAUACAGUAUCAUCUAUGCAAAAUUCUCAUGUAAGAUCAGUACGUGUUGCUGUUGCUGUGUUUCUAGCAAAAUUACGUUUGGGUUUAAGUAACCGAGUUUUGGCAGUUUUAUUUAAUCUUGAAAAUAAAAGAGUUGUUUCUCACAUCAACAAUCAAGUCCGUAAAGCUUUAAUGAAGGACUUUGUUCCUUAUCAUUUGGAUUUAAAACAUAUUACUCGUGAAACAGCUAUUGAAGAACAUCAAACAACUAUUGCUGCUAUUCUGCAUACUAAUAAACCCGAUCAACUAUGUGUUAUAGCUGAUACAACUUAUCUCUUUAUACAAAAAUCUAGUAAUAAUCAACUCCAAAGAAAGUCUUAUUCAAUGCAUAAGCAUAAAAACUUAGUUAAGCCUAUGAUUUUAACAACUACAGUGAGUCUAUCAUCUGUUACUUUUUCGUAA